AUGAUUGCGGCUAUACUUUCCAUAGCCUUGUCCCUUGUAGGGACAAUUUUUGGCGCUCCGGCCGAUCCAGUCUUCAAAUUGACUGACAACGAUUUUGACCAUUUUUUGAAAGACAAAGAGACAAUGUUGGUGGACUUUUAUGCACCUUGGUAAGUUUUGGUUUUUAUUUUUUGGUCCGUGCUCACAACAUAACUGAAAAACGAAUAAGUGGUAAACAAAGAAUUUCAUGGGCAAAUUUUUAGAAAGACAUAAUCAGUGGUUGUUUCCUAAGUACACGGCUCAAACCUAGAGCGUCUAUUUUAAGACAAACGGGUGAUAAAGAAUCAAGUUGUUUAUAAGUUUACGGAUGAGUUGUACGACAGGUAGGACAUUUAUAUAUGUCACAAAAGUUUUCGUCUGGCUUAUGAUUUAUUUUUCCUCGGUAAGAGUUAAUCUUACUCGUCAUUGGUGUUUCUAAUACAUAUUUUGACGAACUGUUUUAACAUUUUAUUGCACUCAAAACAUUUCCAUUUUACUUCUUUAAAAGAAAAUCGAAUGAAUUCCGAAUUCUGUCUGUAACAAAGUCACUCCUUGACGCCGUGUUCUUCGCCACUACCAAUAAGAAAUUAUUCUAACCAAAUUAGCUUGUAUCUUAAGUGAUAACUCAGUCCCCUCCCGACCUUUAACGUUUCUUGUUCAAAAAGGGAUAGUGCCAUUAAAACAAGGAACCAGUAAAAACCAAAUGACAAUGUAAUCCACCCCUCCCCCUCAGGUGCAGCGACUGUGCCAGAUUAAAGCCUGAGUUCGACAAAGCCGCAGAGGAUUUUGCUCAGAAGGGAAAAUUUGUUUUCGCUAAGGUUUGUAUUGUUACUUUACUUAGAGCUAUAGAAAUCUAGUGCAAGGCCCCUACAGCCAUGCAGUGCAGAGAUGAAGAAGGGCAUGAGAGUGGGCGAGUACUCCUUCCAGACCACUGCUCCAUCUUCAUAGACAGCUUAGCUCUCCAUAGAACUUAAGAUUAUAGCUUUCCCCCUCAUCAAAAGCCUAUUCAACACGAUUUCUCAAGAGAUAUUGUGAUACGAGUACCAUAUUUGCCUGAUACGAAAGAUAGAACUCAGGCCUCCUAAAGAAUCGAUUACUGUUCUGAACAGAUUGAUUGCUUCGGCGAGGGAAGAAGCAUCUGCGAAAACAGAUUCAAUGUACACAGCUGGCCUCAAUUGAAAGUUUUCCGCCGAGGGCAAUAUGCGGGAGAAUACAGCGGAAACCAAGACAAAGGUAGGUCUGCAAGGCGUGUUAAUGGUGCCCGAGUGUCUUCGUUACUCAUGUUCUCUUAAUUAGUCAGCGGUGAUGCUAAUCAUUAUAUUUUAAUCAAGAUAGGUAUAUCGUACUUAUAAAAGAUAUUUCAAAAGAUCUACUUCACUCUUUGAUUAAAUUUUCCUUUUCUUUUCCAGCUUCUAUUGAAAGAUUUGUGAGCAGCCUUAUUAAACAAAAAGUCCCAGAUAAUAUUGGUCAGGACCAACCCCAGGAAAACCCGUCGAAAAUCAAAGAGAACCCGUAUGGCCCCUGGUACCAAAACGGAUGGACUUAUACGGCAGUGAGUCCUGGAAAUGUCCCUUAUCAGAACCCACCCGGCUGGAAAAGAGGAUAAGGCUGAAAAUAUUCCCAAAAGAAAUUAACACUUAACAUAGACCCGCAGCAAUUUAUGAGAGCCUAAUGAUCAAUGGCUACAGCAGUUCGCACAUGGAAAAGAGGUCUAGUUUCCGUGCUAAACCAUAUUAUUUCAACCAUAUUAUACGCAGUCGCUGAACUUGUUAAAAUGUUGCAUUUUGAAGCGUGCUAGUAAUGAGAAAAUUAUAUGCUUUUUGUAAAAAUUAAUCGAGGGAAGAUAUUCCUUUCCUCUUAAGCCUGUUUAUCUACUUUCGAACAAUUUAUUCCAACACUAGCAUUACUUUAAAGUGAAAGUAUUUCAAAUGAAUUUCUCUGGAAUGAAAAAUUUCAACUUGUCAAAAAGUGUGCUAAGUUUGAUUUGUUUAAUUAAACGCCAACUUAAGAGUUCUUUAUCAGAUUUGAAAUGGCCCCUGAUAUUGAGGCAUCAAGAACACUUACUCUUAGUCGUUACAAAAUGGACGUUUGAACGUGUGAAAAUUAAUUUUUUUCUUCUGUCUAAAUCUGCCAUAAAUCUGCCAUAAAUAGAGCAGCAGAAAAACUAGUGGCAACGGAGCUGUAGAAAAAUUUGGUGUUGAUUUACUGAAAAGCAGACAAUUUACAGAGUAGAGACUAUUCUUGCAAGGAGUGAAAGCAACUAAAAUAGACAAGAAUCCAGAUGAAGCAGAUUCUUAUCUCAUUUCAGAUCUGGAAGACAUGUUAGGUUUCAUAACUAAUAAAUUUGUUUCCAUGAAGAUCACAUUCGACUGAACCGGAACAAAUUUAUCAUUUUUAACGUGGAGCACUCUACAACUUGAGUCAAACCGAUUUGUAGGUCUUCCUGACACCCUAAGACCUAAAGUACUUCGGUAAAUCAGAGAUGAAUGUGAAUCCAGGGAUUGAUGACCUACGCAUCUUUCACGGCGUUAGGGCGUACGGCCGCGCACAGAGUUUUAACUUCAACAGACAAUUAAGACAGGCAGAGAUUUUGCGUUUAGCUGAUGACAAUAGGGAGGGGACUGAGUUAUCACUUAAGACACAAGCUAAUUUGGUUAGAAUAAUUUCUUAUUAGUAGUAGAUAAUAGAGGAUUAUUAUCGCCACGUUGGAAUUUCCCGAGGACGGUGAAAAUGGCGGGAAAUAUCACUGCCGAAAUUGAGGCUUGUUUGAUAACAAAAAUUUACAGCUAAGAGCAAAAACUCAGAAAAUUUAAUAUACUCUGUGCAAUUUCAAGCCAUCAGAAAACAUGGCGCAAAAUCUAAACGAACAUUUUAAACACAAUGUCUUAAGUGAAAAAUUAUGUUUAAUCUGGUUUGAGCAAACAAGACUACAAAACAGCCCCAUAACUAGUUGACUGGAAGUUCUACCUCCAGUUCAAAUAAGACGAUUUUUAUAAAAGUUAUAUUUUCAAUGCACAAUAUUUCGACGUACCAGGAAAACGUGUAGUAUUCCUGUAACAUAGCCUCUCUAGUUCUAAAUUUAUCUUAUUCUAAGCAAAUUUAAUUUAUUUGGGUUCUAAGUAAAAGACGAGAAAUGAAGUAAAAACCUGUUGACGGAAUCACAAAUAUGCAUUCUUUCAAUGCAAAAAUAGAAAACCAACAAACGAAAAAAGGUAGUCUGUAAAAGCUUGUUGUGUCCGCAGGUCCAGUCUGAGAUGGAAAAGUAAGACAGAACGAUGAAAAAUUAAUUAGAUAAUAAUAAGAGGAAUAAGAAAUAUGAUGAGUGCAAUUCCCAAACCAAACUUUGAAGCGAGACUGUGAAAAAUACUUUUUAGGUUUAAUAGUUACAUGUAAAGAGGUUCGGUUUUCCCCCUUUCAGCAUUCGCUUUUCAGUU